AGAGUGGUAGAGCCCGGAGGGGAGGGGGAGAGGGAAAGAGAGGGGGCGUGGCGUAUGCAAAGCGUGGAACGUUGGCGGCGGCAUUGUUCGAAAGGCUUGAGAGUUCGGUUCGGAAGGUUCCACAGCGAAGGUGUAAAAUGAUUAUUCCUGUGAGAUGCUUCACUUGUGGCAAAAUAGUUGGAAACAAAUGGGAAGCAUAUCUUGGCCUUCUGCAAGCAGAAUAUACUGAAGGUGAUGCUUUGGAUGCUCUGGGGCUGAAGAGAUACUGCUGCCGGCGAAUGCUGCUUGCCCAUGUUGAUCUGAUUGAGAAGCUCCUGAAUUAUGCUCCUCUGGAGAAAUAAAUGGCAGGAGAAAUGUGUGAUAAUAAACUUGUACACAUGUUCCCAGACUCACACAUGGACCAGAGUGCUGUUAGAAAUCCUAAAGCCAACCUUCUGGGGUUACAAAUGCAGAUUGUGUUCAGUGAAGGAUUUUACUUUCUGGGCACACUGCUGCCCCAGCCACUAACCUCUUCAAAUGAAAUUGCUGAAAGCUGAAAUCCAUUUACACACAGUUGGGGACUGUAGUUUUAAUUAAAAGAGGGAUGGAAGUUCAUCAGAAUCCCAUGGAUUUUGAAACUGGUGAAUUUUUUUAAAAUUGUACUUUUAGUUACUGGCAGCUGUUUUAAUCAUAUGUUUAAAUAUAGUCUGCUUAUGAUGUAAUGAUUGUCUUCCCCUCCCCCUUCUUUCUUUCCUUGUGUUGCUCCUGCUACUCAACAUCUCAUACAAAAAACUGGAGAAAGCUAAUUGCAUACUAACCUCUGAAUUUCAGAUUGUUCACUUUUGGCAUCUGACAGUAUUAAGGGGUGGGGGUGGAGGGCUGGGAAUCACCUUUGCAAUAUUGUUCCACACUGUUGCGUGAUAUGACAUUAUCUUAAAUACUGGAGAUUUCAGCUGAGUGUCAAGUGCCAUGGGUUGUGAUGUGAAAAACUAAUAAUAAAAAUGGAAGAUGGA